UCGCAUUCUUCCCGCUCGUCGUCUGGAGCUAGCUUUGGACUGUUUGCUUGACCUGUGUUGCCUGUGCCUACGCUAGCUGCUCCAGCUGCUUGCAGUUCUUAACAACAGCGCGCGGAUCAGGACCGAUCGAGACGCCAGGAAAUGCCGGCGGCAUCGACGACCACCGUGGAGGACCUGCCGGCCGACGUGCUGGCCUGCGCUCUGCGCCGCCUGGACGGCCCGUCCCUGGCCGCCGCCAGCUGCGCCACGUCCGGCCUCCGCGCCCUCGCCGCGGACCCGGGCACCUGGCGCGCGCUCUGCGUCGCGCAGUGGCCGUCGCUGGAGACGACGACGACGCAGCAGCACAACAUCCUCCUCGACUCCCCGCAACGCCUCUUCGCCGACGCCUUCCCCUUCCCUUCAAUCCCUUCGUCCACCACGGAUCAUCACGCCGCAGCAGCAGCACUACCUGAUCUCCCUCUCCCCUGCGAGCUGAUCUCCGCCGUGGACGUGUACCACAAGGGAGGAUCAGCCUCAGCGCCGCUCUUCUCCCGGGUCCUGGAGACCUCCACGUCGUCGUCCUGGUUCCUGGCGUCGCCCUUCUGCGUGGACGCCGUGGGGAGCAAGGACCCGGUGCGGGCCGUGGCCUCGUUCUCCCCGGCAGAGCUCGAGCUCAGCUGGAUCGUGGCCGACCCCCGAAGCGGCCGGGCCGUGAACGUGUCGAGCCGGCGCGCCGUGGCCGUGGACAGGCACUGGUACACGGGCGAGACGCUGGUGCGGUACGCGGUGGUGCUGGGCGGGUACAAGUUCGAGGCCACCGUCACGUGCUCCGAGGAGGCCGGGUACCUCAGGGAGGUCAGCCUCACCGUCGAGGACGCCGACGGCGCGGCGGUCAGCGGCGAAGGGAGCCUCCGGCUUCUCGCGGCGGCCAUGGCGGGGCCGAGGAAGCUGGGAGGGGGUGAUCAGGAGAAGGAAGCGGGGGAGGCCAAGAGGAGGUACGAGGAGUUCGUGAGGAGCAAGAGGGGGAGGAAGGAGUCCAAGGCCAGGAGGGAGGUGCUCGUCGACCUCUGCUGCUCCGCCGUCAGCGCCGUCGCCGUGCUCAGCUUCAUCGCCUCCGUCGUGCUGCGGUAGAGUCAGAGUCUACGUACCGUGCGUGUCAUCUGAUCUCAAUGCAGAGUGCAGAGAAAUCACCGACAGAGAUUCUUUUGUUCUUCAUCAAAGUAUUUCAAGCAUGCAUGUACAUACUCGUGGUCGUGGGAGAAUCGUUCUUUUAAGUAUAUUGAUCGAGAACACGCAGGUUCACUAUUCGUCUCUUCUUCUCUUGGUUAAUUGGGCACUGAACCUAUGUACUGAUGAACAUGUACGUCAAUUUUUACUCUGAAACAAGAGGGAAAAAAAGAGAUCCUAUUUGUGCUGUUU